CACAAGGCUAGGCUAGGUGAGGCGGGGGAGCAUUUAUAGCUGCUUCAGCCAGAAGCCCAGAACAGACCACGCCUUCUCAAGCUGCCAACGAACCGGCGUUUUCAGUCGCGGCGGUUCUUCUCUCCAACUUUUCGCGCUGCAUUUCAGAUCCCGAGCUAGCCAUUUGCCAUGGCGGCAACUGCAACUGCACCUUCAGCUGGUCCGCGUUAUGCACCAGAAGACCCAACACUCCCCAAACCCUGGAGAGGCCUAGUUGAUGGUAGAACUGGCUAUCUUUACUUCUGGAAUCCUGAGACCAAUGUUACUCAGUAUGAGAGGCCCGGGGGCUGUGCUCCAUCAGACAAGUCAUCUUCUGGUCUUGUAAGUUCAUUGAUUCAGAAGCCAUCUCAUGAGGAUGAGUCAUCUUCUGGACUAGCAAGUUCAUCAGUUCAGAAGCCAUCCCAAGAAAAGCACACCGAAGAUGGUGAUAAAUAUGACGCAGGUAGCAAUGGUGGCUCAAGUAGAUUUUCAUCUGAGGAAAAUUCUAUGCCAGUGGGAAACUGCUCUAACCAAUCUCUGCAUGCUUCAAAUUUGUGCAUCUCUGGAUGUGAACGCGAAUCAUCUGCUCCUAAAACCUAUGGUGAUUUAAGUGCUGGAAGUGAUAUAUCCCCAGAAAACUAUCGCCGUCAGCAUGAAAUAUCUGUAUCUGGAGCUAAUGUUCCACCACCUUUCACAUCCUUUAGGGCAACAGGAUUUCCAUCAGAGCUUUUGAGAGAGAUGCAAAAGGCUGGUUUUUCAGCUCCAACACCAAUACAGGCACAAUCAUGGCCUAUAGCUAUCCAAGGACGGGAUAUAGUAGCUAUUGCGAAGACUGGUUCAGGAAAAACUUUGGGUUAUUUGGUUCCUGGUUUUAUGCAUCUAAAACGUUGUCAUAAUAAUCCUAGAAUGGGGCCAACUGUUCUUGUGUUAUCACCAACAAGAGAGUUAGCAACACAGAUACAAGAUGAAGCUGUAAAGUUUGGUACAUCUUCAAGGUUUUCUUGUACGUGUCUCUAUGGAGGAGCACCAAAAGGCCCCCAGUUAAGGGAGUUAGACAAAGGUGUAGACAUUGUGGUUGCUACUCCUGGUCGUUUAAAUGAUAUUUUGGAAAUGAAAAGAAUUAGUCUACAACAGAUAUCAUAUUUGGUAUUAGACGAAGCAGACCGCAUGCUGGACAUGGGCUUUGAACCCCAGAUAAGAAAAAUUGUGAAGGAGGUGCCAUCUGAGCGUCAAACAUUGAUGUACACAGCAACAUGGCCAAAAGAGGUUCGCAAAAUUGCAUCUGAUCUACUGGCUAAUCCGGUCCAGGUUAACAUUGGGAAUGCUGAUGAACUUGUUGCAAACAAGUCUAUAACACAGCAUGUUGAAGUACUGGAGUUUAUGGAUAAACGCCGUCGUGUGGAGCAAAUACUGAGAUCCCAAGAGCCAGGAUCAAAGAUUAUCAUUUUCUGUGCAACAAAAAAGAUGUGUGACCAGCUUGCAGGUAACCUCAAACAACCAUACGGAGCAGCAGCCAUUCACGGGGACAAAAAUCAGGCUGACCGAGAUUUUGUGUUGAGUCAGUUCCGGUCUGGUAGGUCCCCAGUUCUUGUAGCCACUGAUGUUGCUGCCCGUGGUUUGGACGUCAAAGAUAUCAGAGUUGUCAUAAACUUUGAUUUCCCAACUGGAAUAGAGGAUUAUGUACACAGAAUAGGUAGGACGGGGCGAGCAGGUGCUACUGGCUUGGCAUACACAUUUUUCUCGGAUAAAGAUGGGAAGUAUGCUUCGGAUCUCAUUAAAAUCUUAGAAGGUGCAGGCCAGAAAGUUCCUGAUGAACUUCGUGAUAUCGCUUCACGUGGCGGCGGGGGCGGAAUGGGAAGGCCUAGCCGUCAAUGGAGCAGUGGAUAUGGUGGUGGACGUGACGGAGGAAAUUAUGAUUCUGGCUAUGGUGGUGGACGAAAUGGAAGAAGUGGGGGAAACAAUGAUUCUGGCUAUGGUGGUGGACGUAGUAGUGAUUCUGGAUAUGGUGGACAGAGGGGAGGCUGGAGCAUGUCAGGUGGAGGCCGGGAUGACAAUCAGGAUAAUGAACCAAACAACAGGUAUGGGCAGAGUAGUUCAUGCGAUGAUGGCAACGGUUCUGGAGGUGGUGGUGGAGGAGGCUCCGGUUCUCUUAGCUUCCACGAGCGAAUGAUGAUGCAGUCAGCUUCAAAGAAACCCAGGCUUGGUAGUCCUAACAGGGAGGGGGGUUCAGGUUGGGGAGGUUCCUGAGGUCUUUCAUAAAGGGACAUAAUUCCCCUUCACCGCCUUCCUCCGUUUCUGUUUAUAUCUGCAGUUAUUAUAUAACCUUUUAGAACCAGAGGGUGGUGCAAUCAGCUACUCAUUUUUUGCCUCCUGUAAAUUCUGAAUAGCACCAUUAUCUUUUGUUUACUACGGAGUAUCUAUCUAUCUAUCUAUCAACCAGGGGUGGCUAUGGAUGCCGUUUCUAUCCAAGUUUUCUCGGGGAUAAAGCUGACUGACUUGUGUUACAACCCACCCCUCUUAAAAUGUGUAGUAGUAAAAAUGACCUGCCCCU